CUUGACUUAUGAUGUUUUUUUUAGAUAACCUGGCUAUCUUGUUGAUGAAAAUGUAUAUUGACCUUUGAACCGUAAAGAAUGACGCAAUGCCGGCAUGAAAAAAAUCAUCAUCACAUCAGGACAAAGAUUUGAUAAUCUGUGAGUCAUUGUGCCAGGCACAGCAGGUGUUGAGAGGAAUCCAGCCAGUUGAGCGGUAAAUAGGGUAACAAAAUACGUCCAAACGUACGUUCAGAUGUGAUGUUAGCUGUUGUUAAGACGAGAAAACCGGCAAUGUGACCUUAGGGACAGAAACGUCGACCGUUGGACCGAUUGUGUUACGACUCAGGAAGAAGAAGAUAAGAUGGCCAGCAGCCUGCUGAAGGGAGCUGUGUUGUUGCUGGUGUCAGUGUUGUCCUGGCUGUGUGUGUACAUGAAGGGGAGGUACACAGUCGACCUGAGGAGCCUGCCACAGCACCCACGGUCACACCAGCCUCCUUACCCUGGGGGCACGCACGACAACCUGUUAUGGUUCCUUCAGGUAUCAGACAUCCACAUCAGCAGGUUUUACGACCCACAGAGAGUCACAGACUUUAAACAGUUCUGUUCUGAGAAUGUUGACGUCUUCAAACCACCCAUGGUUCUGGUCACUGGUGAUUUGACAGAUGCUAAGACAAUAGACCGUGGCGGGUCCAUGCAGUAUGAGGUGGAGUGGAGGACGUACUACGGAGUGCUGAAGGAGACCAACGUUAUGGAGAGGACAUUGUGGAUGGACAUCAGAGGCAACCAUGAUGCUUUUGAUAUCCCCGCACUGCACAGCAAUAGGAACUUCUUCAGACAGUACUCCUCCAUGGGGCAGACAGGAAAGAUUUCGUACCACCACGCCCACAAGACUCCGUUUGGAACCUACUCCUUUGUGGCGCUCGACGCUUGCCUCAACCCUGGGCCCAGGAGACCCUUCAACUUCUUUGGCUAUCUCAACGAGUCUUCCCUAGCCUCCCUGCAGAGCCUUGCAGAUGAGACAGUACACAGUAACAUGACUAUCUGGAUGGGACAUCACCCUACUGCUACCAUCCUGUCUCCUAACCCUGGCAUCAAACAUGUCAUCAGGAAUGGGAUAGCGUACCUGUGUGGCCAUCUACACGACCUGGGCGGACUUUUCCCUGUCAUGUACUCCAUGCAGGAGGGAGGGACUCUAGAGCUGGAGCUGUCUGAUUGGAUGAACAACAGGAGGUAUCGGCUGCUUGCUGCUGACCAUGACAUCCUGUCGUUCGUGGAUGUGAAACUCGGGGAGUGGCCGGUCGUACUGGUCACCAACCCUAAAGAUGCCAUGUUUUCAACUCCUUCCCAUGAGCCUCUGGGCAGGAUACGGCACUCUACCCAUAUCAGGUUGCUGGCAUUUUCCCCAGCUGCCAUAGAGACAGUGAUGGUGUGGUUGGAUGGUGGUCGGUUCUGUGAGGCCAGUCAUGUGGACGGGCCAUUGUACACCUGUCCCUGGAACCCUGCAGACUACGGGACUGGCCUGCACACCAUUGCUGUGGACGUCACUGACAGUGAAGGUCGUACCCGGCAUCAGGAGCACUCCUUCUCGGUGGACGGCAGCCGUUCUCACAUCUCAUUCGUCCAGACGGUCAUCCUGCAGACAGACUGGCUCGUACUGAUGAAGAUAGUGUUCCUGCUGGUGUUCACAGCCGGAGUGCUGACCCUGCCUGUCCUGCGGUACUCCUCCCCAGUCCUGCCUCCAGGUGGGUCCAGCCAGGACAGUGUUGGUGGUGCCGGCUGUGGGAGCUGUUUUCAUUUACUGGAAUUACUGGGAUUGUCAACAUGGUGUGACAUGAUGAUCAGAAAAGGUGCGUACCCGCGACAGUUUGUUCACAAGUGGCUGUCCCGUCUGUCCCUGCUGACUAAGGUGGACCAACUCUACUACCCACUCUUCUGCUUCGGCGUCUACAUUCCUUUUGGCCCCUGGUAUGUGGGAGAACUGAUCAGGGGGCACUACGGUGCGCUCUUCAUGCAUGGGACGUACGUAGCCGGUGGCUACUUGCCGGGGCUUAAAUCCUAUGCCUUUGCUUCUCUACAGAUUGCCCUUUUCAAUGUGCCAUUGACAAUCUACCUUGCCACGUUGCUGGAUAACCACCUGUGGCAGCUCAGCCAUAAAAACGACCAAGCCACCAACAACCACGCCAAGCCCAAACACAGGCUAUAUCCACAGCUCAUCGGGCUCCUGCGGCUUCAUGGGUUUGGGGUCUUCUUUCUCAUCUGGCAACUGUAUGCCAGCUACUGGGUCAUGGUUGCGUACGGGACCAUGUCAUUUCUAAUAUGCCCCCUGCGGACGUGGUCCCUUCUCCUGGCGGCUUGGCUGAUUUAUAAGGUGCAAACGUUGCCAAAGGAGAAAGUCGCCCACCUCGUCAGAUGAUGUACACUGUUGUGUCUCAGGGUUUUAAGUUUGAACUUCAUGUGCAUUAUUUUUAAAUUAGCAGUGCAGUGUGGAAGUGAAAAGUUGCAAUAAAUGUUGCAAUGAGAUGUGUGUGAAAUUUGGCAGUCAUGAAAUCCAAACUAGUAUGGUAAACAUACACAUUAUUAGCAAGUCAAGGUGAACAUAACCAGAUAUCAAGACAGGUAAAUGGUGCGCAUGCAAUGCUGUGUUGUGUCAGUUGUGUCUCACAUUAUAACUAAAGGUAUACAUUUGCGGGCUCCUACAUUGAGUUUGGUGAAGAGGUACAUAGUACUAUUAGUAGGUGUUAAUGAAUAGAUAGAGGCAGUGCUAGAAGAUAUACCUGUGUGGUGGGAUAAUUUAAGAAGCAUAGAUGUUACUUUGCUGAUAGAAGGUGCAAAAGUUUCAAUACUUUUUAUUAAAGCCACAGUGUAGCAAAAUGCAUGCAUGUUAGAUAUGGUAGGUAGUGUUUAAAAAGUGUAGUUUGUGUCAAAUAGAAUAUUGUAUCCUUUUGGUACCAUCAUCUUGGCAUGACCAUACCAGGGUUGUCCCAAAGUCCUGUGCAGCAACACUUCUGUUGCUAUAUAUUGAGGUUGGGUUAGAAGGGUCAUAACAAUAUUUGCCUAAAGACCAUAUCCACAUUGCCUAGUAGUGAGACUGGCUACUUGUUUUUGUUAUCAGUGAAUUGCCUAUAAAUAUAUAUAUAUAAAGUUUUCUAU